AAAGAAAUCAAGCUCAGAGUAGCCGAGAUGAAUGACUGCAUCACAGCUAUUAGAGAGGGAAUAGUGGCAAGAACCUAUCUCUAUCAAGGAAGGGUCAAAAAUCCAUCAUCCUACAGAACUAGGCUGAGAUCUCAAAAAGAUGUUCAAGUGGCAAGUGAAGCGCUUAUGAGACAUGUUCGGUUCUACACUGGAGCUAGACAAUCUUUAUUCAACCUAUAUGACAAAGAGGAUGAAGAAGAUACAAAGGCCCAUAGUGCAAGAAUGGAUUUAUAUCCUGAACUGACAAGUCAAGACCUGAAGGCCAACCCCGUAUUGAUGGAACCAUCUACUUCAGGGCUAAGAAAUGAACAUGGUUCUUGGAUCUGGAGUUUUUCUGGUGGGAUAGAGGAAAGAGCUAGUUUUGUUCAAUCAAUCAAAAAGUCUAUGUGGCUUAGAGCCUAUGAACGAAAAUGCAGAUGGGAAGAGGAGCUCUUGUGGGUGCCUUUCGAGAUGGCAUGCACUGUCAGAUCCCACAAGAAUAAGGCUGAGGAGUGGAAGUCUAGGGCACAGCUUACCAGACUGGAUGAUGAGGGACUUCAUGGACAUCAAGUAUAUGCUUAUGGUCAGGCAGCUACUUGGGAGAAGCUUGCCGAGAAUGCACAUAGAGACUUU